AUGGCCAAAAACAAGGACUGGGUUGUGCUCGACCUGAUCGACCAAGACGAAGUUAUCGCCACUUCCGUCACCUCAUGUCUGCCUGGAUUCGAGACGGUUGCGAAGGGAAAGAAGGGAAAAUUCAUGUGGCAUAAUGGAAAAGAAGAAGAAGCGGAGGUUAUGGAGGUUUGCGACCGGUUACAGGCCAAACAAAUCGCUCAGUUCACGAUGAGCUACAUUUAUCGAAGAGAGCGGAGAAUUGCGGAGAGGGCGAAUGCAGAAAGCUGCAGUAAACAGUAGGUUGUUUUUUGGAUUUUUUUUUUUGAUUUUUUUGGCCCAAAAUUGCAAAAAAAUUUUUUUUUUCAAUUUUGAACAAAUCCAAAAUGUUUUUGGAAAAUGCGAGCUAAAAUUUUUGCAAGUAUCCGAAAGACAUGUAAUAUGAAUUUAUCCCGGUUUUCAGCAAAAUCUGAAGAUUUUUUGAAAAACAUAUAGAUAAUAAAAAUUUUUGUGAAAUUUUUCAUUAAAAAUCCAAAUUAUUUUUUCAAAAUACGAGCUAAAAAUUUUGCAGGUAUCUUAGAAAAUAUCUAAUCUAAAUUUAUCCCUAUUUUCAUCAAAUGAGUUUUUAAUUUUUUUGCGAUUUUGAUUAAAAAAUCAAUUAUUUUUGUAAAAUACGAGCUAAAAAUUCGUAAGAACCCUAUAAAAAAUCUGCUCUAAAUUUAUCCCGAUUUUCAUCAAAAUCUGAGAAAUUUUUGAAAAAAAUAAAAAAAAAACCCACAAAAUUUUCAGACCAGCCGCUUCUGGACUCGAAUUUUCAUUCUCCGAAGACCUCCUAACUUCCCGUCUCGACACUCAUCAAGACCAAAUCGACCAGCUCCAACAACGUGUAGCCGAUGAACAGGCGAAAAACGAAUCCUUCCAGGCCCAAAUCCUCGAACAACUGGCCAGCUACAAGGCCGAGAUUGAGCGGAUAAAAUCCCUGCCGGGCAACGAGCACUUGGGCAAGAAGGUGCCAAAGUUCCGGUUCUUGGACCAGGACGUUGUGGAGGUUUUCUAUCAGCAGGCCGGGAACGAUCCCCUCAAAUUCUUCCGCUUCAUUUACGCAUCGCUCUUCACGAAGGAGGAGAAGAAACGCGGCAUCAAACAGUUGUCGCAGGAGAAGUUGUUGGAGUUUGAGCAUCUCUUCAAGUACUACUAUCCGCAAGACAACCCGGAGGCGGACAAGGAAUUGUGGACAAUGUACCGGAAAAAGAUGAGCAGAUAUGCGACGAAUCAGGUGAGGGAGAUGUAAUUUUUGUUAAAUUUCUUCAUUUAAGGGUUGUAUAACGAUUUUGAAAGAUUUUUUACAAAAAGUAUCAAAAGGUAUCCACGAGGCAUUUUUGAGAUUUCACUUUUAAAUCAGUCAAAAUUUCGGUGUUUGAGCAAGUCUUCAGCCAUUUUAUGACUAUUUUGACAUGUUUACAGAGAUUUCUAAAAAAAAAGUAUCAAAAGUUAUCCAUGAGGCAUUUUUGAGAUUUCAAAAGGGAUCUGUAAAAUAUUUUGGCUUUUGAGCAAGGUUUCAGCUGUUUUAUGACUGCUUUGAUUCGUUUAGAGCGAUUUCUAAAAAAAGUAUCAAAAGUUAUCCAUGAGACAUUUUUGAGACUUCAAAAGGGAUCAGUCAAAAUUUUGGUUUUUGAACAUGGUUUCAUCCAUUUUAUGACUAUUUUGGUUCGUGUAGAGCGGAUUCUUCAAAAAGUAUCAAAAGGUAUCCAUGAGACAUUUUUGAGAUUUCGAAAGUUAUCAUAACUUUUUUAUGCAAUUUUGACCCAACGGUGACAUUUUUUGAGACUUUUGAAUUUUUUAGCAAAAGGUGUCAAAAAGUAUCCUUGGUAAUUUUCAAAACCCUCAAAAGUGAUCAAGCCCUGCUUUCAAAUUUUAACCAAUGUUUAAUCGAUUUCUCCGCCGUUGUUAACUUUUUUUAACAUCAGUUUGAAUUUCAGCGUCGCGACCGAAGCCGAAAGAAGGCUCCUCCUUCAGGAACGACCCUUCAUGUUAUCCUGGACACUCCAUCGGAUCAAAGUCGAGAAAGUUCGGUCUCUCUGCCGCGUAAAUCCAUGGAAUCGGGGCCAAGUGAACUCGUCCCCAACGAUCUCCUGCAGAGGUUGAUCAAACAAGAGACAAGUUUCUAA